UUGUUCUAUGGCUAGAUAAAAAAAGUACACAUACAGUCCAUAUAAUAAUCGGAUGCAUGUAAAAGAGUCGGGGAAGCUUCGACAUGUCGACCACGGGUCCCAUAAGUAACUAUUAUGUGGACUCCUUGAUCAACCAUGAAAACGAGGAUGUCCUUACUGCAACUCGUUUUUCGGCGCCCGGUUCGCACCCAGCCGGUCCUCGUCCGACGUCUCUAGUACCGGAGUGUGCUGACUAUCCUUCCUGCAGCUUCGCACCCAAGCCACCCGUCUUCUCCACCUCGUGGGCCCCUGUACAUUCCCAGUCAUCAGUGGUUUACCAUCCAUACAGUCACCAACCUCACUUAGGCACAGACUCGAGAUAUAUGCGGUCAUGGCUGGAGCCGAUAUCAGGCGCUGUGCCUUUCCAUGGCUAUCCGGGGAACAGCAGGCACUAUGGGCUGAAGCCCGAUGCAUUUCAAGAACACAGAGCCGGCGAGUGCCUCGGCUCCAGCGGACGGACCUACACGGAUUAUCUGUACUGCUCAUCCACUGACAUGCGAGACAAGACGCAGCAGAAUAUCCCCUCUCCCGAGUCGGAGCUCAUGGCUUCAGGAAAACAUAAAGAUGAGAAACCGGAGCUAGAUCCGAAUAACCCUGUGGCAAAUUGGAUACAUGCCCGCUCCACAAGGAAGAAGCGAUGUCCUUACACAAAGUACCAGACUCUCGAACUGGAAAAGGAGUUUCUGUUCAAUAUGUACCUUACAAGAGACCGCCGGUACGAGGUCGCCAGAGUGCUGAAUCUGACCGAGAGGCAGGUCAAAAUCUGGUUUCAGAACCGGCGAAUGAAGAUGAAGAAAAUGAACAAAGAAAAGACCGACAGCAAAGACCAAUAAUGUGGACUACAGUGACAAAACAAACAAGUAUAACCACUAGUCUAAUGGACAGCACAGAUGUACCAAAACACACGAUGAGCGCCCCUCUCCUCCUUAUAUUUAUCACUUUUGUUGGAUUUUGUAUUAACCUUAACUUCCAGACUGUUUGAUGCCGAAUAUUAUUUUUAGUGCACAUUUCUGUGUCCAGCGUUUGAGUAGAAAAAAAAAAGAAAAAAGAAAAAAGAAAACUUAUAAGGAGACAAUUGCAUUCUGCUUUCACUUCCAGAUAUGUUUUUUGUAAAAGAAAUGAAAGAAACGCAGUUUGGAUACGAUUAACUGUCCGAAGAAAGAGAAUACUUGAAUUCCUUUGAAUUUCACAAAAACCAUAAUUUAUGCUGUGAAUGUUUUCUUUCAUGUUUAUUUCCUUUGUACGCUGUUGUGCAGGU